CACUCUCUCUCCCUCUCUAGUCUCCUGUUUCUUUUCUCUUCCUAGCCUUUGUGAGCUUCUGGGCAUUCCAUUCCCAUUUCUUCUUCUUCUUUCUUCUUCUUCUUCUUCUCGUUUGAAAUCAAAAGCUAUCACACCAUUGUUCUGUGUAUGCAGAUACAGUCAUAAAGCAGGUAAGAAAGCUUUUAUAGAACAAAUCCUUGGAAAUUUCUGUCCCGUGAUAUCUAUACCGAUCAUAUCAAAUGCCAAGGUCAAGGGGAUCAGAUGUGCCACAGAGGCAAUCUCCUAGAGGGCCACAUCAGCUUCGGACAUCAAGUGCUGACUCAGAUCCACAUCAGCAUCACCGGCCGAUCACAGAUCGAAGCCCAAAGCUAGUAGGAGACCGACGAUCGCCAAGAACUACACCUCAAUCCGACACAGUCAAUCAGAAGAAGCUGGGCACUCGCAUUGCUGACUUGGAAUCCCAACUUGGUCAAGCACAACAGGAAUUGAAGAGUCUAAAGGACCAGCUUACUUCAGCUGAAGCCGCUAAGAAAGAAGCUCAACAAGAACUAGAGAAGAAGGUAGAGAAGCCUCCCUCCUCUAAGAAUGUCCUAGAAUCUGACAAAACUGAAAUCACAGUACCCCAAUAUGAUGAUAACAACCAAGAGACCGAUGUUUUUGAAGUCCCAGUCGAUAAAGAAGCUAAAUCAGUUGAAAAGUCUGCUCCUUUAGCGAUGUCGGAGCCGGAGAAGCCUUCCAUGGAGGAUCUGACACAGAAGAAAGAUGAGUUGAUAACAGAAUUGAAGUCCAAGAUGGAAGAGAAAGAGAAAGAGACAGACUCACUGAGUAAAGAAAAUGAGGAUCUGAAGAACCAAUUGAAAGAAGCAACAUCCAAAGUAUCAGCUGCAGAAACCAAGGAAGAAGGAAUGAUUCUGAGAAUGAAGCAACUGGGGGAAGAAUUGGAAGCAGGUAAAGCAAAUGGAGAUAAGUUGAGUGAGAAAUUGAAGUGUGUGGAAGCAGAAAAAGAGGCAUUAGAGGCUGAGAUGAAGAAGCUGAGGGUUCAGACAGAGCAAUGGAGAAAAGCAGCAGAUGCUGCAGCUGCUGUUCUUGCGGGGGGCGUCGACAUGAAUCCUCGGAUUUCUGAAAGGUGUGGUUCUAUGGAUAAACAUUUUGGAGGCAUAUUUGAGACCCCUGGUGGGUACAAUAACAACGGUCGAUUUAUUGGGUCACCUAGUAUUGGUGAGGAUUUGGAUGAUGGGUUUGGAAGUAGCAAGAAGAAGGGCUCAGGGAUCAGAAUGUUUGGUGACUUGUGGAAGAAGAAAGGCCAAAAGUGAUCUUCCUUUCACUAUAUUUCAUUGUGAUUUUGAUCCUCCAACUUACUUGAAAAGUUGUCAGUGUCAAUUUUAAAAGAGAUAGAGUGCAUGCUUGAUUAUACGUUGAAAACACUAAAAUCACAUGAUUUUGGGGGGUUUCCAACGUGAAACCAAACAGGCACAGACAUUUUAUAUUUUAUCUCUGAAAUUGACACUGUCAAUUGUUUUAAGAAAUUGGAAAAUUCGGGAUUUGCUGAAUUGAUAAGAAAGAGUGAUGGAGAGUUUGCAAACUGUUCUGCAUCUUUCUGUGGUAUUUUGUGUAGCUAAUGUUUAGAAUUUAGAAUCAUCGUGGAUGUAGUCAGAAUUGCAUGACCUGUGCAAGCUAGCUAGUGAGAGAUGGAACUCCUGCAGAAAUGGUAUUGCAAUAUGGUGUUUUCCCUUCUAUUGCUGAUGAAGGGACGUAUUGUUAUGGGGCCUUCAUGUAAGAAGGAUAUGGUGUUUUUCGCUGGUA